UUGCUCCUGCACAUUAGUUGGCUGUUCGUGCUCGCGACCACCAUAUCCUUUGCUGGUCUUUUUAGAUAGUGUUUGUGGUUUUGUUCGUUUCAUUGUUAGUAAUCUUUGUAAAAAAUUAAUUAAAUAAAUAAAUAAAUAAAUAAUAAAAAAAAAAAAAACUCUAUUUGUUUGACAUAUCUCCAGCUAUAAGUGAAUGGAGAAACUUUAAAAGACCUUCCAACUUUCUUCCGACGGCAGCAAAGGCGGCAUACCAUCGCGCCACCUCCAGCAACACCCAAAACCACCGCAAUAAACACCUAAAAACGCCGUAUUAACACCCACAAACACGGCCGCAGAAGCUAGAGUUUGCGAGGAGAGAGAAAAUCGAUGGGAAAACAAAAGGGUGAAAGUGCUAGAACCAAAGCUCGUGCUUCUAGCAGCAGUCUUGCUGCUUCGUUGGUGCCUACGGGUUCUGCCCCAAUUGGUUUUGGAGGUUAUGUGGGGAGUUCCCGGGUUGAUUCUGUACAUGGAGAUGAAUCCACUUCUUUCGCGGGUGUUGAUGGUGAGAUGGUACAAUACUUGAAAAGACUUGCUCGAAAAGAUCCCGUCACAAAGAUAAAAGCAUUAAAUUCUUUAUCAGCCUUACUGAAGAACAAGUCUGGGAAGGAUGUAUUACCAAUAAUUCCACAGUGGGGUUUUGAAUACAGGAGGCUUUUGAUGGACUACAACAGAGAAGUUCGACGGGCAACUCAUGACACUAUGACGAGCCUUGUUUCUGCUGCUGGACGGGAUUUGGCUCUGCAUCUUAAGUCUUUGAUGGGACCAUGGUGGUUUGCUCAGUUCGAUUCUGUUUCUGAAGUUUCUCAAGCUGCGAAGCGAUCACUACAGGCUGCCUUUCCAACCCAGGAGAAAAGACUAGAGGCACUGAUAUUUUGCGCUUCUGAGGUAUUUGAGUAUUUGGAAGAAAAUUUAAAGCUUACACAGCAGGGUAUGGCUGAUCUUGCUGCCGCUUCAGAUGAGUUAGCAGAUAUGCACCAAAGGGUUAUAUCGUCAUCAUUACUAGCUCUUGCUACACUACUAGAUGUAUUGGUUGGUGUUCAAUCAGAGAAACCUGCUAUUGAAGACUCAAACAUUCAAUCAACAAAGGUAUCAAAAGCUCGAGAUAUGGCUAUUUCUUCUGCCAAGACUUUGUUUGUGUCUCAUCAUUAUUUUCUGGACUUUCUUAAAUCUGAGAGCCCUGCUGUUCGCUCAGCUACAUAUGCAGUACUCAGAAGUUUCGUCAAGAAUAUAUGUGAAGUUUUUAGUGAAGAAGAUGUUAAAGGUCUUGCUACUGCAAUACUUGGUGCCUUCCAAGAAAAGGACCCAUCUUGUCAUACAGCGUUGUGGGAAACGUUUUUGCUGUUUACCAGAAGAUUUUCUGGGAGUUGGUCAUAUAUUAACUUUCAAAAAAUCUUUUCAAAUCGCUUUUGGCAGUUCCUGAAAAAUGGAUGCUGUGGAUCACAGCAGGUGUCAUACCCUGCUUUGGUACUUCUCCUAGAUGCUUUGCCAGCUGAGGUAACUGGGGGACAGAAGUACUUUGUUGACUUCUUCCAAAACCUAUGGGCAGGAAGGAAUGCAUCUCACCCUAGUAAUGCUGAUCGCCUGGCAUUUUUUGUGGCCCUUAAAGAAUGUCUCCUUUGGGUCUUGCAUAAUUGUGGAAGAUAUUGUAGUGGAGACGAUGCAAUAUACAAUUUCCGUAUGUCUCUUGUUGAUAAUGUACUUGUGAAGUUAUUGUGGCACGAUUUCUUGGUCUACUCUGAGGCAAGGCAUGAAGAUGUCAGCACUUCCAGUAUUGAUGGAGAUGCUCUUUCAGAGACCUCUAGAUUGUUAGACAAAAGUCAACUGGAGGUUAAAAAAGGGCAGUUGCAUGAUCUGGGGUGCUGCAUAAUUGAUGUCCUUUCUGCUAUCUACUCUUUGGAAUGCAAACUGCUCAAUCCAUUUUGUGAAGCAUUUCAGGGCUGCUGCCUUGAGACAUUUCAGCAAACAGAGCAUGUAAAGGAAGCUUCUGGGAACAUAGGAAGAGCCAUAAAAUUUUUGAUGUUGGUGGAGAAGUAUGCAGUUUUAAGAAAUGAAAGUUGGCUCUUGGAUUAUCUAGUUGGGCCUAUGCUGGAAAGGUCUCUUCCAUUGAUUAUAUCCCAUGAAUCUGUUGAGGUGGUUAAGUUUCUCUCAGUUGUGGUUUCAAUCUUUGGGCCAAGGAAAAUAGUAUUGAGACUUGUUCCAACUGAAGGAAUUGUUGAUGGCAGUGCCACUGGUCAGGAUGAUAGAGAAGCAAGCAAGUUUCUGAGAGUUUUUGAGGAGACAUUUGUCUCUUGGUGUUUCAGUGAAAGUGAGAGUGCCAUGGAUGCUCGCUUGGAUCUUUUGCUUGCAUUACUGGAUAAUAAAUGUUUUAAACAGCAGUGGAACAUUAUUAUCACAUAUGCUACCAAUAUGUACCAUUCUGCAUCGUCCCAUAUUGAAAGGUUUUCAAUUCUUAUUGAAAAGGCUAGGAAGCUGACAAAAAGGCUGUCAAAACUUGGUGAUGAUCCAAUCUCUCAUAUUUCAAAUUGGCGACAUGAACUGCUGGAUUCAAUUGCUGUUACUAUGAUGCAGAAUGCUCCAACCUCUGCAGAUUCUGAUUUGCAGUUUAUACGGGCUGUACUUGGUGGUACAUCAGAGGAGGAUGAUACUUCUUUUCUGUCUAAGAAUGCCGUCGUUCAGAUAUACACAGAAGCAUUUGGAAAGCUUGUAGCUUAUGCUAUGGAGUCUCCUUUUGCUUGUGUAAGGAAAUUUGGUUCUAUUUCUUGUUCUCUUAUGAAGUCCACUACAUCACAGAUUCAAAAUUCUGCAGACGUGGUUAGGAUGGCUUACACUUCUCUAGAAGUUCUCAGAAGUACCCUUUUUAGCUUGAAAUCAUAUUGCGAGGAAAGUGAGUUGCUUCUUGGUAUUGGAGGCAUUAUCUUUGUGAUUGAUUGGGAAUAUGAUGUGUCAAGAGCAUCAGACACCAAGCACAAUGGUGCUUCGGCGAAAAGUAUCAUGCCCAGGCAAGAGUUUGGUAAAGUGAUGCAUGCUUUCCGUACAAGUACGAGUAAACAAUUUUGGAGAAGCCUUGUGUCACAAAGUCGGAUGACACUAGGAAAUUUUCUUAUACAGUUCAUUAGGUCUGCCAUUUUCGAGCAGGAUGUAUUUGAUGCUGGCAUGAUCACAUCUCUAUGCUGCAAAUGGAUGAUAGAAGUUAGCAAUCAUCUUUGUCUGAACCAAUUAGAGGAGCAGAAGUUAGUAGAGCUGCUUCUUAACGAUGAUGAAUCAUGGCCUUUGUGGGUCACUCCAGAUAACCGUAAUAAUGAGAGAAAGCAUGCCUUUAAAGUCGAGGGUGUUUUAACUGAUAUACAUAUUUCGCAGAGCCAGGUGUUUGUUGCUCUAGUUGACAAGCUUAUCUCAGAAAUGGGUAUUAACAGAAUGGUUGUUGGCUCUGAUCUACAAGCUUUAGCUGCAGAGGAGAGAGGAGGCAAUGGGCUAGUUUCUUCUCAGCAUGAAUUUUCCCGAGCUUGGGUAGUCGCUGAAAUGCUUUGCAAUUGGAAGUGGCCUAAUGGCAGUGCUUUAGAUACUCUUUUGCCUUCUUUAAGCUCUCAUGCUAAAAGUGAAAGUGAUGGUAGCCUAAUUUGCUUAUUUGACUCCACUGUAAAUAUUUUGCUUGAGGGUGCUCUUGUAUGCGGAACAAAAAGUCAGUUGAGUUUUUUCAAUACAUGGCCACCUUCAAGUAAAGAUCUCGAUGAUAUUGAAGAGCCUUUUUUGAGAGCCCUGGUGACUUUACUUUUUACACUAUUGAAUGAAGGCAUAUGGAACCAAGAAAAAGCUGUUGGGCUCUGGGAAUUGCUUCUAAACAAGCUUUAUGUAGGUCAAGAAGCAAAUAUGAACUGUUUGAGGAUUCUUCCACCCCUGGUUUCUGUUCUUGCGCGCUUCUUGUUCCAUAAUAAAGGAUCCAGUGAUUUGGUUAAAGAUUCCUUGCCCGAUUCUUUUAGAGAAACUAUUGUUCAAGACUGGCUCGAAAAGACUCUGACAUUCCCGUCCCUGAUUUCAUGGACAUCUGGUGAAGAGAUGGAGGAAUGGUUCCAGUUGGUUCUGUCAUGCUAUCCUUUAAGCACAACAGCUGAUGUAGGUCAUUUAAAACUGGAUGCGAGUUCCUUGGAGCAAAAAAUUUUACUUGAUGUGUUUCGUAAGCAAAGGCAUGAUGCUAACUCAUUAUUUGUCACUAAUGAGCUGCCAGUCGUAUCAUUACUGCUUUCACGCUUGAUGGUUAUUGCAGUAGGGUACUGUUGGGAGGAAUUUGAUGAAGAAGAUUGGAAAUUUGUAUUAUCUAACUUGAGGCACUGGAUAGAGUUGGUAGUUACAACAAUGGAGGAGGCUAUUGAGUGCUUGGAUCUUGAAACUGGAAAUAAAUCUGAUGAUAACUUAGAUCUUGUGAUAAGCAAGCUUAAGAAGAUCAUACAGAAUUUGGAUACAUCUCUUAUGAAUAUUGCAACCAAUGCCCUUUAUGCAUUUUCAUUAGUCAUGGAGCUUGUUGGAUGUAAUGCUUUGGAAAAAGCUGAAAAGUUAACAGUCUUAAAAACUGAAGUAUGCCAUCAAACUAUUGAUCUGGUCCAGGAGGGUGUUUUGCGGAUAUUUUUUUCAAUUGGUAUUGCAGAAGCUAUUUCAAGUUUGCUUUCAUGCCGGAGUUUGUCUAUAAUAGCAAGGAGCCAUCAUAUUUAUCCUCACUUUUGGAAUUUAGUAUCUUCGAUUGCAUUGAAGUCCUCCACACAUUCUAGAGAACAAGCUUUUAAGGCAGUUGAGCUUUGGGGUCUAAGAACAGGUGCUGUUAGUUCUUUGAUGGCCAUCCUGUUCUCCCCCAAACCAGUAUCUGUCUUGCAGCUUACUUCUUUUGUUCUCCUUUCAAGUCAGCCAUUCUCUAGUUUGGCCUUGGUGGACGAUCAUAUUUCAGACUCAUCAAGUUCUACUGUUGAUGUCGAAUCCCGUGAUCUUGAUUUGUCUUCCGAGAAUAAUUUUACUCUGAGGGAGGGGCUACAUUGCCUGAUACACAAACUACCACUUGAUGUACUAGGUAUGGAUUUGGAAGCACAAGAAAGGGUGCAUGUUUUCCUUGCUUGGUGUCUAAUUUUGAGCUAUCUAGUGUCUUUACCAUCUUCUUCCUCCAAUAGGGAGAAAUUGGUUCAACAGAUAGAGGAGUCUGCUUCUUCAGCAAUAUUGGACUGUCUUUUCCAACAUAUUCCUGUUGAAUUAUGUACAGCACAUAGCUUAAAGAAGAGAGACUUAGAAACCCCACCCGAGCUUGUGAAUAUUGCAACUUCGGCAACACGUGCUAUAAGUACGGGGUCUAUUCUCUUUGCAGUAGAAUCACUUUGGCCUAUUGGACCAGAAAAAAUGGCAUCACUUGCUGCUGCAAUAUUUGGUUUAAUGCUUCGUGUUCUCCCUGCUUACGUUCGGGUUUGGUUCAAUGAUUUACGUGAUCGUUAUUCGUCAUCUGCAAUUGAGUCUUUCACAAAAACAUGGUGCAGCCCACAUUUGAUGGUAGAUGAAUUAUCUCAGAUAAAGAAAUCUGAUUUCGUAGACGAAUGUUUUGCUGUUAGUGUAAGCAAAUCAGCCAAUGAAGUCAUUGCUACCUAUACCAAGGAUGAGACCAGUAUGGAUUUGGUCAUCCGUCUUCCUGCUUCCUACCCAUUAAGGUCUGUGGAUGUGGAGUGUACAAGGAGUCUUGGCAUAAGUGAAGUAAAGCAAAGAAAAUGGCUGUUAUCCAUGAUGGCAUUUGUUCGUAAUCAGAAUGGUGCUUUAGCUGAGGCUAUACGGAUAUGGAAGAGCAACUUUGACAAGGAAUUUGAAGGAGUUGAAGAGUGCCCCAUCUGUUACAGUGUGAUUCAUACUACCAACCACAGUCUUCCGCGUCUUGCUUGCAAGACUUGCAAGCACAAAUUCCAUGCUGCAUGCCUCUAUAAAUGGUUUUCAACCUCCCACAAGUCAACAUGCCCGCUGUGUCAGUCUCCCUUCUGAUCAAAUGAGCAGUAAUAUUUUGAUGCUGGCUGCUUGAUCUAUCAUGAGGUUCUAUCUAUUUUGAUUGACCAAAGUCAGGCAUGUAAGACAAUAGGCUGUGUUGGUUGGGGCAAUUAAAUAGUAUAUGGAGCAGCCGGGAAAAUUUGCAACCUCAUGUAAAUAUGCCCUGCUAAUUCAUGCUUUACAAGCAUAUGGACGAGGAAUGUUCAGAGCUUCACACUUAUGGCCAACUUUAUGAAGGAUGGUGAAUCAUGAACUGCUGUUGGUGUAGCUUCACAAGUUCUAGGUGACUAACUCAUAUUAGGAAAUUUUGAUGAUAUGAUUCUCUAUUUCAAAGUUGAUGCAAUUUGUGUUGUAGUGUCAUCCUGUAUUUUUUGUUUUGGGUGAAAGUCUAGAAAAGAAGAUGCAGUGUUGCGCGUUGACAUAACCUGAAGAUGCUGUACUGUUCGUAGUGUGUUUCUUUUCUGGGGUUGUUGCAGGGACAACAUUCUACCGGGUGUUUAGAUCACUGAUACUCUAUUUUCUUGGCUAAUUGUUUCAGUUGAAUUUAACAUCUUAAAAAUUUCCGUAUAACCUUCAGCUGCUGUUCUAUCGUCUCUGUUUUAUACUCUAGGAGAGUAAUUUUUGUAUCGUAAGGGGUUUUGUCAUUAUUGUCUAUGGGUUGGUUGUAGUUAUGCAUACAAUGUAAAAGGUUAAUGUGAAUUGAUCUACUUUACUUACUAAUAAAUGAAAAAGGCUUUGAACAA